AUGCAAUUCUUCAAGAUCUCCGCCCUUUCCGCACUUUUCGUGCUCGCUGCCGCGAACCCCAUUGCCAACCCCGUGGCAAUUGCUGAGCCAAACCCAGUUGCCGCCGCUCAGUCACCUGCACAAACCACCGUCGCGCCAUGCAGCUUUGGAGCCUGGAGAUGUAAUGGCAAGCGUAUCGAGCAAUGCAACAACGGAUGGAAGUUAUCCGCCAUUUGCGGAGGAAACUGCUACUUUACCAACGGAUCCCCUCACUGCUAA